CAAGGAACCGGAAGUAACCUUAGACGUUGUGCUGGACUGUUUGGAGCGCGGCGCUGAACCCAGUCAACCUCUUUCAAAGAAAACUGGCACGAUAAACGCAUCGUUAACUCUGGGUACAUUGUGCUUAUGCUAAGCGAUUAAAAGCCGUAGACUCGCUCAUGGACGAAGUGUGUUGAUAGCCUCUGAGGGCACUUAUCCGCGUGAAGUGGCAGUCAUUUAUGUGAAUUAGCAGGUUAGCCGAGCUCCAUCAUGACAGUGGCGGUGUUUUUCGGCUGUACGUUCAUCGCUUUCGGGCCAGCAGUCGCUUUGUUCCUGUUUACCAUCGCCAGGGACCCGCUUCGUGUGAUCUUCCUCAUAGCAGGGGCUUUCUUCUGGCUGGUGUCUUUGCUGCUGUCCUCUCUUGUGUGGUUCAUCACGGUCCAGAUCAGCAACAAGAACAGUGCUUCUCAGCAGAGAGGGCUGCUCAUCUUCGGGGUUGUGCUCUCGGUGCUGCUUCAGGAGGCUUUCAGAUAUGGUUACUACAGAUUGCUGAAGAAAGCAAAUGAAGGCCUGUUGGCUCUCAGUCAGGAGGACACCAUGCCCAUCUCCAUGCGGCAGCUAGCUUACGUGUCAGGUCUGGGCUUUGGCUUCAUGAGCGGAGCGUUCUCCGUGGUCAACAUACUCUCAGAUUCCUUGGGUCCGGGAACCGUCGGUAUCCAUGGCGACUCUCAACAUUACUUCAUAUCCUCAGCUUUUAUGACGCUGGCUAUUAUCUUGCUGCAUAUGUUCUGGGGGGUUGUUUUCUUCGAGUCGUGUGAGCGGCAGAGGUGGUGGGCUCUUGGAGCGGUGGUCAUCAGUCAUCUAGUAGUAUCAUGUGUGACAUUCGUGAAUCCUCACUACCAAGGCAGUCUGAUCCCGACCUACAUCAUACUGUCCGUCAUGGCGGCAUGGGCGUACUUGUGUGCCGGAGGAUCUUUGAGGAACCUCAAACUCUGCCUCACCUGUAAAGACAAAGACUUCUUGCUGGCCAAUCACAGGCCGAGAUAACCCAUCAGCUCCAAACAGGACUUUCUCCAAAGACCGGCUCAUUGAGCCAGUAGGCUGGCGACGCGUGGCCAGCAGCCCUGGACUCUGGGAGGCCUAUGGUCUGGGUAGUCUGCGUUUAAAAAAAAAAAAAAAAAAAAAAAAAAAAAAGGAUGGCGAGUAACAGGAAUUUUAUGUCUGCAGAUCUUGCACUUUCUGUAAUUACCUCCUCUUCCGUUUUCUGUUCUGUACCUCAUGUUCUGUGCGAAAGAGACACUGAAACCAUGUCGAAGAGAGUGCGUGUGUUUUAUACUAAACGAUCGUCUAGAGCUGCUUUCAUAUGUGAUUUUUCUCCUUUGUAGCAGGUUUUAAAAGAGGUCUUGUAUAGGUUUGGCCUUAAAUUGUUUACUCUCUCCCUCCUGUAUUUUGUUUAGCUGGCCGGUUAGGCUCAAAUGAUCCACCACUUUUCUGCCAUCAGUUUUAGAACGGAUCUUAAAUUCUCUGGCAAUCAAACCCUGGAGAGUAAUGUUGUUUUUGUUUUUAAUUCAUACGUCUGUAAGCUUGUCUUUUUAAAAGAUCCUCCUCGACUCUCACUAGGGUAACGGUUUAAUUUUCCCCCUGCUUGAGCUUGAUUGAUGAAUGCAGUGGCCACUCUUCAAUAAAACCACUACUUUAUGAUUCUGUGCUACAGGAAGCUCUGGAUGAUCUAAAACACAUGGGAGACCACUGACCCCAGUGGUAUCCGUCUUAGAUGUCACUUUUAUUGGACUAUGCUUUUAGUUUCUUUGACUGUAAGGUGUAUGGAAUUUUCAUUCACAAUAAAGUAGCUGGAGCUCAAA